AUGACCUCAAACAAUUCGAGACGACCCAUACUUCCGAAAACACAUUCGACUCUAUCUGUUGUUAAUCACAAGAAGUCUACUUCAGGAGUUGAUUCGACUCCAUUAACAAGCGCACCGUCGUCUUCAUCGUCAUCAUUGUCUUCAUUUAGAGCAAUUGCCCCAAAAUCAAAUCAAGAUCACGCAGUGAUUAUCACUCCCGAAGUGGUCAAACAAAAUGAGUCUAGUGAAGAUGUUGUUCACUAUUGUGAUAUUGAAUCAAGUAGUCAGGAUUUCAACCCUCUUAGAAACUAUCGUUCAAUAUAUGCUAAUAACGUCGUACCUCGUAGUUAUUUGAGAGUUACGCACCAACGGGUUCUUUUACCGUCUCAUACAAUUCCUCGAACUCCUAUUAACUCUGAUACGCUUCCAUCUGGACCAUCUAAUUCUGGCUUUAAUGUUAAUAAGAAAGGGAGUCUACGUCCAGUGGUUAAGUUUCUACUUCGUAUAGGUUCAGCACUUGUGCGCUCACAGUAUGAGCCAGCGGUUGGUAAAGAAGUAACUCCCCACCAGUUAUUGAGUAAUCGACGUAAACGCAGACGUGUUGAUGAGGAACCAACUCGAUUAUCUACAGAUAAAAUCAGUAUAGAAACUAUCAACAUUUCUCAUUUAGAAUGGAAACCAAAAGCGCGUCAUCCACGUUGGGAAGACAUAUGGAAUUAUUGUCAUCAUUGUCGUUGUCCCUAUGUUCCUACAUCUGCUUUAGAAUUAUUACGACAUCUAGAACGAGGUCACCAGAAACUAGUUAAUGUUAAUUCACUAGUGAUACCUAAAAAAACACGGCUUGAAAAAGUAGAUUGUAAUGAAUGCAUGCUUAAUGCAGCAGAAUUAUUGGGCAAUAAACUGAUAAGCCGAUUUUAUAUCCCACUCACUGUAAAUAUCUUCGAUUCCUCUUCAAAUAUAUCACCAUAUACAUGUUUUGUCUGUGGACUAGUGAAUAAGUCUCAACGUUUACUAGAAAAUCAUUUCCAACGCGUGCAUCCACAAUUAACCCCUGGUCGUAUAGAAAAACCAACAGUUAUCUUAUGUUCUAUAUGUGGCUUCCCUACACAGACUAAUUUAAUUAGACAUUCUUCUCAUCACUUGCACUCUGAUGUUUCAAUACAUGUAUCAUGUAAAAGUAAUUCGUCAAUACAUAAUAGUGCUCCAUGGUCAGGAUGUGACGCUCACGCACUAGCCUGUCUUAUGCUUUAUCCUACUAUGUAUGCUCGAUUUGGUUUACCUUUUCAUGUUGCUCAUUUUCUCUAUGCAUUAAUUCAACGUAUGUUAAUGGCUCGAAUAAAUCAAUUUGGUGGUUGGAGUGUUCAGUCUUAUACUUUAAGAUGUUGUGCAGCAAUAUCAGCCAUUUAUGGUGAACUUGUUGAUCCAGAUCAAGGUAAACCACUGAUUCAAUCAAAAAUGAGAAUUUUAGAACACAAUAACAGCUUAAAAUCUGUAUUCUCAGAAGCAUCGACUCCUUCAACUGUUUCUUUUUACAAUUCAACUCCCGCACAAAUAAGGACAUGCAAUUCUAAAAGUGCUAUACCUAUUUCCCUAUCAACUGUAUUAGUUUCAUCGUCCUUACCGAUUCAGCCAUGUUUUGCUUCAUCAUCGUCUAGUGUAAAUCUAACUAAUAUAUCAUCAGUGUGUAUUUUACCUAAUUACUCUCCCAUUACUUCCGUUUCUGAUUUGGUAUCGAAAUCUGUGACAGGCUCCAUAUUACCAUCUGUUUUAGUUAGUCAACCUACUACAACUCCGUCUGUUUCAGUGAAACAUACUUUGCCUUUUGAACCAAUGCCUCCUGUUUACGUUACAAUCAGUAAACAGUCUAACCUCUUUAUGCAUGGAAAUACACAAAUCCCGGCUACAACAUCAUCAUGGUCUAUUGUAUCGUCAUCAAAUCCAACUCUUUUAUCUUUCCUCUCUUCCAACCAAUCGAAAAUUCCUAUUCAACCAAAACCUGUCAUACCAGUUUCUGUUGGUUUAGCAUCUGAUAAUUUAUUACAACAACAAUCUUCACUUACUAACAAUGGAGAUAAUACUAUUCGUGUUCAGGUGGGACCUAGUGGUCAAAUUAGGCGAUGCCUGGGAAGUCAACCGCGUAGUUUACCUCGUGUUUUGCCAAUGUUAGAAGUUCCGUGUGAACUGUGCCCUUCCAAUAUUCCAACGGAAACAAUUGUUCAAAGUUUUCACGUUAUGUCUCGUCAUAGAGUUAAAGGUUUACGACAUAUCCCAACAAUUCCUUGUCAUUUAUGUGGUCAAUUAUUUUGGACAAAGGCUGGCGUAAUCCGACACCAACAUGUUAGUUGUGGAUUUUGCGAUGAAAAAGCACUGUGUAAUUCAACUUAUUAUCUACAUGAAAUUAUUAAGCAUCCUCAACACUUCGCCUAUCGGUUGAAUAAAGAUGUGUAUAAUUGUCCACAGUGUUGUCGUGUGUUCUCGGAUAUGGUUUCAUUUAUAAUUCAUUUACAAACUGUACACUUUUUCACUGUACCAGAUGAAAUAAAUAAUAAUAUAUGCAAAUAUGGUUCUACAAGGAAUAAUAAAAUAAAUUUUAAUAAUUUAACAAUGAGUUCAAAAUUAAUUAAUCUUUCUACAUUAUAUUCAUCAUUAUCCAUGUCAACAGUAUCCGUAUCAUAUUCAUUACCGGAUAAUAUUUCUGUAUAUAUAAAGCCCGAAGAAAUACCAUGUUGGAAAUGUUCAGUUUGUAAUGCACAUUUUAUUACCAUUAAUCAUUUAGAUUUACAUAUGGCUCAAGCUAGUCAUCAGUACUGGUGUCCUCUAUGUCUAUAUGCAUGUGAACGAGCAAUUUCAUUAUGGAAACACUAUUGCAGUAGUCAUAACAAGGAAUCGGAACUAAAUCACAUUUCUGCAAAAAAUAAAUUUUAUCGAAUUGUUAAACCGCAAUCAAUUGGCGCAACUAAUACUUCUACUUCAAUAACAACAACACCAACGACAUUAUCACCGUCAUCAUCCUUAAGUACAGUUACUGCAGCAAAAAUUAUUGCCAGUCCUUUAAAACAGGGUAGCCAACGCUGUGCUAUUGGUCACUUAUCCCAGUUUCAUGGGUGCGAUUUAUGUCCAGUAUUUUGUUUAACUGUUGACGAUCUCAAUACACAUAAGAAAACAGCUCAUGCUAAUGAAAUGCUGAAAGAGAAUUCAAAUAAUAAUAAUAAUAACAAUAAUAAUAAUAAUAAUAAUAAUAAUAAUAAUAAUAAUAAUAAUAAUAAUAAUAAUAAUAAUAAUAAUACAAAACAACUUGUUAUAUCUAACACUUCUGACUUUCUCACGACAACAUCGACAUCAGUAACGACUACUACUACAAUUAUUACUUCUACGUUAAGCAAUCAACCUAUUCGAUUGAGCAUUACUACAAGUUCACCAUCUUCAUCUUCAGCGAAAUUCAUUGAUGUUCAUGAUGAUAGUGCCAGUGGUGGUAGUGUUUGUGACGUUAUCAAUUCAUCAACAUUAUCAAUGUCAAAGCAUUCUAAUGAAUCUAAAUUGAGUUUAAAUAGAUUUGUUAAAUGGAUUACCGGUGAACAGCUUAAAUUUGGAAAGUUACUCAGUACCACAGCUAUAAAUAAUAAUACUGAGACAUCGGCUGUUACCAUGGCAACUAGCAGUUUAAAUAAUCAAAUAACUGAUCAAAUCACCAUCAUAGACGAUAAUAACGACGACGACAACAACACUGAUGAUAAACGAGAUGAGCUGAACAAAGGACUGAAUACUAUUGAACAUGAUAAUGUCGGUAAUGGUGAGGAUGAGGAUGUUAUUUGUCCAAUGUGUGAAUUUCACAGUAAAUUACGAAGUGAUGUUAUGCAACACAUUAUGGAUUUCCAUUAAUCAAUACUCCAUUUAUUAUUUGUACUUAUUAAUGAUGUAUCAUCCGGUGGCUGUAUGUUAAUUUUUUGAUUAACUCUUCUCUAUCUUCCUUUCAUGAUGAGCCGAUUUCCCAUAUAUAUAUAUAUAUAUAUAUAU